AUGGUUGUUUAUUAUUAUUCGUCUAUACUGCGUUCUUUCGGCCAGUCCAUUUUGUGAGCGAAGUGCAUUCGAAGUGCAUAGUGCAUAGAAAAGUUGCUAAUUUCUACCAAAAUGCGUACGUUUGCGGUUUUAUUGGCCGCCAUCCUGGCCGUUAAUGCCGAAGUGUACUUUGAAGAAGGAUUCAAAGACGAUUCGUGGCAAAAGACCUGGGUCCAGAGUGAACACAAGGGUGUGGAGUAUGGCAAGUUUGUGCACACAGCCGGAAAGUUCUUCAAUGAUGCCGAUACCGACAAAGGUCUACAAACGUCGCAGGAUGCCCGGUUCUACGCUCUGUCUAACAAGUUCACGCCGUUCUCCAACAAGGAUGAUACUCUCGUCAUCCAGUUCUCGGUGAAACACGAGCAGAACAUUGACUGCGGCGGUGGCUAUCUAAAGGUGUUCGACUGUUCUGUCGAUCAGAAGGAUUUGCACGGUGAGACGCCGUACCUGGUCAUGUUCGGGCCGGACAUUUGCGGACCGGGCACGAAGAAGGUGCACGUGAUCUUCAGCUACAAGGGCAAGAACCAUCUGAUCAACAAGGACAUUCGCUGCAAGGACGAUGUGUUCACUCACUUCUACACGCUGGUCGUGCGCGCGGACAACACGUACGAGGUGUUGAUCGACAAUGAGAAGGUUGAGUCUGGCAGCUUGGAGGAUGACUGGGACUUCCUGCCACCGAAGAAGGUUAAGGAUCCGGAAGCCAAGAAGCCGGAAGAUUGGGAUGAUCGUGCUACCAUCGCCGACCCGGAUGAUACCAAGCCGGAGGACUGGGACAAACCAGAACACAUUCCCGAUCCGGAUGCCACCAAGCCGGACGACUGGGACGAUGAGAUGGACGGCGAAUGGGAACCACCGAUGAUCGACAAUCCCGAGUACAAGGGCGAGUGGAAACCGAAGCAGAUCGACAAUCCGGCCUACAAGGGUGUUUGGGUGCAUCCGGAAAUCGACAACCCGGAGUACGUAGAGGACAAGAGUUUGUACCUGCGCGAGGAAGUGUGCGCCGUCGGUGUUGACGUGUGGCAGGUAAAGUCGGGCACCAUUUUCGACAACUUCCUCAUCACCAACGAUCUCGAGGCAGCGAAGAAGGCGGCCGCCAGCGUCAAGGAUACGCAGGAGGGCGAAAAGAAGGUGAAGGACGCACAGGAAGCCGAAGAGCGCAAGAAGGCCGAAGAGGAGGCGGCGGCUGAAGAAGCUGCCAAGGACGACGAGGAUGAGGAUGAUGAGGACGAUUCGGACAACGCGCUGCCAGGUGAAGCGACCGAGGUGGAGGAUGAUGGACACGAUGAGCUGUAAAAGCAGGAAGCGAUUGCUGCAAUACGCAGGACGCUUUAACGUAUUCCUAUGGAAUGCGACCCAUGAAUCGAUGGGGUGAGGGUAGAACGCAAGAACGAAACACUAAUCGACUGCCACAGAAAAUAGGAGACCGAGGUGGAAACAAAACCGACGCAAAAUGAUAAGGAAGGUAACACAGCAUUUCACUUACACAAUGGGAAGGGUACGAGACCGCAGUAGAGACAAAUCGAGAAAUCUGCUUAGUUGGGGUGAUAACUUUCAGAGAGAAGCAGGGACUGAGUAAUGAAGGCGCACUUAGAACGGCAUUACCUGUCGUUUAGACAGUGACACUAGUUUGGUGCGUGUAUGCUUGUUGUACACCCAUGAGAAGAGGGUUUUUUUGCUCCUAAUAUCGAAUAGAUUUUGCGACCAGUAGCGCGCCUCCUACUACUUUAUAGGAAUGUUAAUGAAAGGCACGACAUUCGACUAUGUUCAAAUAGUCAUCUCAAGCGGGACGAAUGGAAUGGGAAUGCACGACACGACGGCGCAUUGAAUGGAUGGCAGGAUCGUCGACUAAUCUCACACAUACACAAAGUAGCCUAUCUUUUCUUCCUAUCGUGCAUUACCUGGCAAUAUAAGCUGUAACGAUCAUGUUUAAGACUGUACGCUUGGUUUACACAACGUGCAGAAAAGUUAUUUUUGUUUUUGUGGGUAAUCGUUUUGUUUUAAUUCCCUUUUUUCCGCCCUAUUAUGAGUGUACUUGAUUUAGAUUUUUAAGAACUAGCAGGCAGGCCACCUUACAAGAGUGUAAAAUAUGAAACCAAUGGACAGAUAGACGACUAUUAGUGAAAAACAAAGCAACAGGAAGAAUAACAACAAAAACUUGUUGAAGAACAAAUGUGGUGUUAAUGAUAAAGAGAGAGAAAAAAAACAGUCAGAAACAAUAAAAAACAAAUUGAAAAAUCUAAA